GGAGAGAGAAGGAGGGAGGAGAGUGUUUAUAGGAUAGAGGACAAUAACCCCAAGCCACAACAAUGAAUCCACCCGGGAACCCGUAACUUCUGAAGGACUGAGCAAGAAAACCGGUGCUGUGUGGGACUCGGUGAGCCUCGCACAGAAUGGCGACUCCUCAGAGCAGCUCGAGACAGAGUAGUUCCCUCUCGUCAUCUCCAAUGAGCAGCAGGAUGCAGUCCCUCCAAGUGGACUCGGUCCAGCGUUGGAUGGAAGACCUGCGCCACAUGACGGAGGUGGAGUGUAUGUGUGUUCUCCAGGCCAAGCCCAUUGGGGUGGAGGAGGAUGCCCAGCAAGGAGAGCUGAUCGUGGCCUCGGCGGUGGGCGGAGGGGACCACGUGGCCCGUAACAACCUGCAGACACUGCUGCGUCGGGCGCUGGUGGUCAGCACGGAGCUGGGCAAGAUGUUUCAGCGGCUGGAGAAGGGGCGCUGGCAGAGGGUCCACAGUACAGCCGUGCGGGCCAACUGCCACGUGCGCUCUCUGGUGCACGAGUACGGCGCUGCUCGUAACAUACCACCAGAGAUGCAAAAGUAUGAGAAAUCUCUACUGGAAAAGUGUAUGGAGCUGACGAAUAUUACAGAGAGGUGCCUCCAUACUGAUGAUGAGUUCUUCCUCAAGUCCAUGAGAGAAGCCAUCCAUGAAAUCCUCACCGAUGUCAGCGAUUCAUUCAGCAACAUGAUUGACAUGGCCCUUGCCAAUGAGAUCCAGGUCCUGAUCAAACAGAUUGAGACAUCGGACAGUGUAUUUACCAUUGGCAGUGCCAUUAGUAACCUGUUGUCCCUUACCCAGGAUGGACCCCAGCUCUGCAGCAUCAUCGCCAAGGAAGGUGCCGUGGUGGCUCUGUUUAAGAUCUGCAGGCAGGACUGCUUCAGCGACUUGUACGCUCAUGCCUUGAGAACGGUGGCCUCCAUUUGCUGUGUGGAGGAGGGCAUCAACCAACUGGACAAUGUGGAUGGGAUCCUGUGUCUGGCGGACAUCCUGACUGAUGAAAACAGUGCUGAGGCAGCCAGGGCGGAGGCAGCUGCUGUGGUGGCCCAGAUCACCUCCCCUCACCACACCUCCACGCAGCACCUGGCCAGCUUCCUGGAGAGCAUGCAUGAUAUUGUCACUGCGCUCAUCAAGUUGUGCGAGAGCGCCUCCUGUGGUGAGGUGUUCCUCCUGGCAUCUGCUGCCCUUGCCAACAUCACCUUCUUUGACAGCAUGGCCUGUGAGAUCCUCCUGCAGCUCAAUGCCAUCCACAUUCUCCUCCAGGCCUGCAGAGAUCGACAGAGAGUCGACACCCCCUACUCCAAAGACCAGGUGGUGACAAUCCUGGCAAAUCUGUCAGUCCUAGAACAGUCUGCUCCUGAGGUCCUGCAAGAAAAAGGCAUCGAGCGACUGCUCCUUCUACUAGGGGAGAAGCCAUCCUCCUCCAGCCCAUCGGAGGGUGCUGCAUGUGAGCGCGUCCAGCAGAAAGCCGCCGUCACACUGGCCCGUCUGAGCAGAGACCCUGACGUGGCCCAAACAGCCAUUCAAUUAAAAGCUGUUCCUCGUCUUAUCGAACUGUGUCGGUCUCCUGCUGAGAGAAAUAACAGCGACUCGGUGCUGGUUGCCUGCCUGGCUGCCUUGAGGAGGCUGGCAGCGGGGUGCCCAGACAGCAUCGAGGCGGCAGACCACCAACAGCUGAUCAAACCGCGGCUGGUCGACUCAUUCCUGCUGUGUUCCAACAUGGAGGAGAGCUUCGUAUGAUGGGCCAUAAGGACCACACCAAGGACUGCUUGUGGGAGAGCUGCUCGAGCUCUCUUCAAAAUGGCAUGAAUCAAAAGAUUUCCUCUCCUCUGUGAAAUUCAUGACUCAAAAAAAAAAAAAAACUUGGAUGGAUGUUGAUAUCUUGUAAACAGGUUCUGAGGCUGAUCAUUUUGUUGUAUCCCAAGGUGAAUUUUACUUUCAUAUGAUUAAUUAUUUUGUAAAAUUAGGUCCUGCAUUUUCAAAUGGUGGCUAUCUCAUAUUGGAAUGAAUUACUAUAAAUGCUGCCACGGUGCAUGUUAUUUUUUUUUCAUUAAAAAUUAAAUUAAAAUGGUAUCAAAGUGGUGUUGGCUGGCUGAGAGGCCACUCACAGGCUGAAAGCCUUCACACGAGAGGCUGUGUGGAUGUGCCGCCGUCUGUGUCUGAACUGAGAUUUAAUGAGUUUCUCUGGCACAAGUGACCAUGCAAGGCAUUCUGUGGUGGCGGGUACCUGAAGACUCACAAUCAAAAGCUUUUCUUUCUUUUCAAUAUGCUGGUUUGUUAAAAAUAUGAUUUAUUGCUUUUUUAAUCAACAGCCAGUUUAUGAGGUUAAGCAUUUAGAACUAAAUUAUUACAGUUAAUAUCACAUAUUUUCAACAUAUUUUCUUAUUUUACCACUAAACCGUAAUAGGACUGUAAAGGUACCUUGCAAAAGUACGCAAUAAUGGAAAAAAAAUCUGCAGAAUUUGCUAUUGCAUGAAUAAACAGUAUUUUUUUCCCUGCAGUAUGUUGUUCAUUUCAAUUGUAUUAUAUGGCAUGCACAAUUACUCUCUCCAAACUGGUUGCCAUUAACAUUAAAUACUGUAUCUGCUACUUCCAAAUGGUUGUUUAAAACAAUUUUUUUUAUUUGAUUGAGAAUGAUUUUAUCAAAGAGUAUUCCUAACAUUGUACUGUAUGGCAUGCAUCCA